CAGACACACACACACAGACAGAGACUCACACACACACACACACACACACACACACACAGACUGCAAUGCAGCUGCGCUCCAGGCUCCAGCGCUGCCUGGGUUUAUUCCCUGGGAAGAAGUACUUCGGGACCUACCGCUUCCUCCCGUGUUUCUUUGUACUGGGCGGCGUGAUGGAGUGGAUCAUGAUCAACGUGCGCAUCGGGCAAGAAACCUUCUAUGAUGUGUACCGAAGAAAACGUUCUGAAAGGCAGUACCAGCAGAAAUUAGAAGACAUGCCUGUACCUGAAAAUCAGUCGCCAUCAAAACAAGACACCUGAAAAUUUGCAUUAUGAAUAUGCUGCCUCACCUGCUGCGUUUAUCAUUGAAGCCCACAGAGCAACCGUCAGGUACCUUGAAAGUUGUAUCACUUUGAGCUCGAGUUCCACGCACAACGAUGGUUCAUUGAAAAGACUACACUGUCCAGAAUGCAUCGUGCUGCUGCCAACACUCCAGUGGAACCAUUUCUAAUAUUCUGUUUUUCAUCUGAAUUUAAACCCUUUGCUGUAUCUCAAUGCCUGUCGAUAUUAAUGAAUGGCCAGAGCACUUUGCCGCUAACAUCAUUGCUUAAUUAAACAAAUGAUAAAUAAUAUGACUGCAGAAACCUGUAUUUAGAUCAAUUGGGCAAUUUAUAACGUCAGCGGUGUUUUAUUUCUAAAUGACCUAAAAAAUAAUUGUCAUUAAUCUGAUAAAUAAAAACAAUUUAGGAUCAAUUGAUGUUAGAUUAUUAAACCUUAUUAUUUACUAACUAUUUCAAAAGGUGGCUGCCUUCCUAUUAAGGUGACUGAUGUGAAAACUGAAAUAAACUUAGUAAAUGCUAAAACUAUGUUAUUCAUUUUCAGGCAGAAUUUACAUUGGGUGAAUGGUUAUAAAAUAUUUAUCAGAAUAGAAAAUUAAUAUUACUGGAAUUCUUUAAAU